AUGAUGGAUGGAGCAGCAUCAAUGGCAGCACGAAACAUAGUAGCCAACUCAGCAGUAGGCUCGCAAACGAUGUCUUCGAGAGCCAAGGAGUUGAAGGACCUGGCGUCUUCGCUGCUGACUCUAGACGCUGCAGCGUUGUCAAAAGCACCCUCCGAGCUGGAAGGCUCUGUAGCAGCAGUACCGCAAACUGGUGCAAGAGUGGAAGCAGCAGAGUCUUCUGCAGCAGCCAAAGCAGCGACAAUAGUGGGCGCAGGAUCAGGUGGCCACUCUCCCCGAUCGACGCACCAAAGAAGAAUCUCCACUUCAAUGGAACCGCCUUGUGAGGCUCUUGCUGCAGCAACACAGAUAGUGAAAGAGAAACAGAAGCAGUUGCUGCACCGUCUUGACAGCAUUGCAGCAGGCGAGCGGCUUCUCAUGCAGAGGCGCCAGCGAGAACAGCGCAUCAAGGCACCCACAACUCGCAGCAGAAUCACCGCUCCUGUAAUGGGCCCACUGCAACACCCAGAAGAGCUGCGCCAACAGAAGCGGCGUCAACUCUUGCAGCAGCUGCAGGCGCAUAUUUGCCCCCAGGAGCAGCAAAACCCACUGUUGGAGCACUACCAUCACCUUCAACAGCCGUCGCCGAAGCAGAAAUGCUUCUAUAGUAGCAAGCGCCCUCGUUCCUCAACACCAAGGCGACUGCACAUGAAACUGCAGCAGCACCGACACCAGCCACAGGAGAUACUUGAGGCGCAACCGCAUACCCAUUCGGAUAUGAUGCAUGAACAUGAGCAGAAGAUUUCGGCGAUAUUGAAGCAGCAGGAAGACCUGCUAACCGAGCAAUCGCAGCAUCAGUGGAAGCAAACGCAGUUCAAUCACCAGCAGCCAAAACAGAUGGGGUAUGGAUGUGGUACCUUUCUAACUGCCUGUGCAGAUGCUGUUGGCUUUGGACUCCCUAAUGGUGCAGCAAGCGGCAGCAAUAACAUUAGUCCUGUGAACGAUGCGAACAUCCAUCGCAAAAUUUUAGCACCAACUCCCGCCUUGAAGCCCCAGGGUGCUGGAACGACUGCAGUAUCACCAGUUGCCGUUGCUUCAAGCUCAACAGUUUCAUCUAGCACUGAUAACCCUCGGAGUAUUUUAAAAGACCUGACCCACACAAUAGCUCGCGCUGAAUUCUGGUUUGAAUUGCUGCUAGUUCUGGUACUCUGCUCUUAUUGGGCUGCAGCAGCACCGCAUUCCCUGGUGUUUGCACGGCGGCAACAGCUGCAGGAGCUUGCAGCCUCUAAGGCAGACAGUUUGCUGCACUUCACCGCAACUGCGGAGGCCGCAGCAGUAAGAUGUGCCCUCAUUGCUCAAGCACGAGACGCCUUCAAAAAUCACGUGACGAUAAACGGGUGGCGGCUGCACCGCAAUGUAAUAAACACCGGCGCUAGUAGCAGAAGCCUUGGGAUCUACACGCUCCGCGCUGCUGCCGCUGCAUGGAAGGGCGAUAAGCUACAUCAAGCAGCAGAAGCAGCACUUGCAACCGAACAAGAGCUAAAAAAGAAAGCGGAAGAACUCUUGCCUUACAAGCUGUGCAUGAUAAAGAUCUCGGGUGCAUAUGGGAACCCGAUGGCCCUGCUAAAGCAGCUGCAAUCUCUGAAGGCGACUAAGAAUGAGCUGCAAAAGCAGACGAACGAAAUCAGCAGGCGUAUCGAAGAGGGCCAAUCAGCAUUUCUGAGAUUUAAAGAAACAGCAAAGCAAGCAGAAGGAGCUUAUCUAGCCACAAUGAGCAAGAUCCGGCAGGAGCUGGAGGAGGCAGAAGCGGCGGCUGAGAGCCUCGAGGCGGCAGCAGAAACAGUUGACAACAAGCACAGGGAGGCAGCUGCUACCUUGGGGCUGAUCUGUCAAAAGACUCACUGCUUGUUUCAAGUGAACAAAAGGCUGUACAUGUCUUAUGGUUUCUUGUUUGUUCAGAAAUAUGCAAGCAGCCGUUUUGCCUCUCGUUGCUACUUCAAGGGUCUGGAAAAAGUAGCAGUGGCAGCAAGGUCAGCGCCGGCAGAGAGCCCCUCAACCCACCGGCAACAGCAGCAGGAGCUGCAGUACUUAGUAGCGCAGCAACAACUUUCACGUCUGAGAGUGUUCUGCGAGCAUGUAGAGGCCGUAUUCGAGGUCCUACAAGAGGACGGCCGGAAAUCCGCUCGGGCCCGUGCAGGCCGUGGAAAGUCAUCUAGAAAUGGAGAGCGCUUUUCGGUAGCCCCGGAUACUUGGAAUGCGACAGGCACAAAGUUCACCAUAGAUAAUGUCAAGACGGCACCAUUCUCGGUCUUGGGGCCUCAGGAAGUAGUAGAAUUUAUAACGGAAGGGGGACAGGGAAUACAUUGUCCAAAUAAAUGCCAAAAAGACAGUUUCCCUGACUCUAGAUCCAUCCUGGGGGCUCCACCAGCUACAGGAUUUGCAUCAUCCGCUUCCAGUCGCCCUGGUGGACUGCCGCUGGCAGCAGGUGGCAAGAGGCCUGGAAGACAUGUGCGAACCACUGUACAGCUCUCCAGCGCCGGGGCAAUAGCGGCCCGUCGAAGUGACCUCUUGGACUCGGAAGCAUUGAGCUCUGGGGACUGUUUUACUAAUAAUCGGCCAUUCAAGUCGUACCGGGUGUUUCCGUUAGUGGAAGUGAUGGAAUUGACCCAUAAGCAGUGGCAGCAGCCUCAGUUUGCUGCUUUACUGCAGCAGCAGCUUCUGCAGCCAGUUUAUAAUGAGCAGCAACUGCAGGAACUCAAGCAGCAGGGUCGGGCGUUCGCUGUGGCGCCUGUAAGGGGUCCUGCGGGAAUAAAUAGGGGUCUAGGGUUUGUUGCACUGAGAUCUCUUCCUGAAGGAUUUAUGGUUUAUGAGGAGGCGCCUUUGCUUUCUCUGCAGCACACCGUAAACAAGUGCUUAGUUAAAGCGUGCUGCUGCUGUGGGGAACCCCUAGGGGGCCCACUCUUCCAGUUAUCCCAUUUUUUCUCAGCAUCCCCGGAGUCUGCCCAGCACCUGAAGGCUCUGAACAUAAACGUAGAUCACCUAAUGCCGGAACAUCAGCCGCAGGAAAUUGUUCCUUGCCCGGGGGGUUGUGGGGAGGCCUUCUGCUCCUCUGGAUGUCUACAAAGAGACACAGUACAUCAGCAGUUAUGCGUGGGCCCACUGGAUGAGGGCGCCCCCCUCGUUGCUUUUAAGCGAUUUGCUAUUGAGCACUGUGAAAACCUUCUUCUUGUUGCAGCAGCAAUUGCAGCCGCGGCGACAGCAGCAGCGAGUGUGGUUGGGGGAAGUGGAGAAGCAACGACGGCAGCUGCGAAACAGCUGCUGUCUCUGCUCCUGCAACACGAGCACGGGUUGUGGGAAGAGACAGAGAGAACAGAGGAUGAGUCUCCUGGGACGGAUAGUGAGGCAGAGGAGGAGAAUGAGCUUGACAGACGGGAAAUAGUGACGAGAGGUACUGAGCUGUUGUUGUUGGGGCUGCGGGAGAAGUCAGAGGUUUAUAAUCAUCUCGUCUCCGCAUCAUUGGUAUCCCGGUUACUCUCCGUCUUUGAGCAUUGUAACACAGACUUGCAUCAAGCGAACCCACUAAAUGCCUUCGUCUCACGCUGUCUCCUCAACCCCAUGUCGGGCGGGUCAGAGGCGCUAAGGCACCUACUAGCUGAGAAGGAAGCAGUUCUUUUUUUGCUCUUCGGCUCCUCAGACAGAAAUGAGGGGGAGGACACAGAUUUUCGCGGGCCGGGAGAAGGGGUUCCGUCGUUGCACGCAAUUAGGAAUUACUACGCAAGCAAACCACUGCCUGAGCUCGCUCCUCCCCUUGAAGACCCCAUGGUGCCCACUGAGGGCGACCUUCCGAAGUCCCCUCAAAAUACCGGACGGGCAUUUCCCCCCAUGAAGGGCACUGCCUUUUACUGCUCUAUGGCUCGCAUUAAUCACUGCUGCAAUCCUAAUAUGAGGAUUGAAGUGGGGGCUAGGGGCUGUUUACGGCUACGUCUAAUUCGGGGUGUUGGAUGCGGGGAAGAGCUAUGCGUUUCCUAUCUUGAAGGGGUGAGGGGGAUGGAAAGGGAGGAAAGGAGACAGAGGCUUAAGGCCUUUGGAUUUGACUGCAGUUGUCAUCAUUGUACUAGUGGCCUUUAA